AUGUUUUGGUACGUAACCGCAACACUAUCGCUUCUCCUCGCCGGUCAUGUUAGCGCAGGUGGAGUCAUGGAUAUGACGCCAGUGGCUCGUCGAGAUAAUAAGGAGGAGAUGUUGCGAAGAUAUAUGGAUAACAUUAUCGAGGACCGUCGAAGAUCUAUCACCGAUGCACCGGUAACCACAGCAGCUACGAAUAUUUCAGCUGCGAAUAUUUCGGAUUGGAAUACUCAAACUGAGGCAGCUUGCACCCAGGCAUUGGAUUUAUUAAAUGGUCAAGCUACCAACCCAUCUGGUCUAGCAGUCUGUUAUAAUUUGCCAUAUGCCGACAACAGUACUGGUGUCUUCAAGGCUGACCUUCGAUUGUAUAAUGUCUCUGCUCCUACAGGAACAUUUGCCAACAUUCCAAGCCAGGAUGUUCAGGUUGGGUUGAACUACGAAGGGGCUACAGUAUCGGCUGUUGAUAUGUCGACGUUGAUGGCACGAAGUGAAGAGACCUCUUUGAUUUCGUGGCCACGAGCGAUUCAAAAGCGACAAUCAACAGAUACCACCACAGGAAGGACUUUGACUUUAGUUCAAUCAUAUGCCUUUGUUGGUCAGAUGAAUAAGGAAUACAUAGGCAUGGCAAUGGACAGCUCAACUUUAGAAGCACUCUUGACUCCCACUGUGACUUUGACCGGCAAGAAUGUUUCCGGUGGAACCGUGAGUACAGUCCUGAACAGCAACCAAGCAUCUUUUGUCAAUGGUGUAUUCUCUACACAAACUGCUGGAGUCACUAAGACUGUCGUCCAACCUCCUAUCCAGACUCUUGUCGUCGCAUCUGAGUCUCCUUUCGUACUUCCUGGUCUCAACAUCCUUAUCUUUCCAAUUGGUGGCAUCAUUACAGGUGUAUGGGCAAUCUUAUUCAUAGCCACCCUUUCUUGGGGUACCAUCGGUAGAAUUCAAUUCAGAGACCAAUUCAGAUCAAGGACUGCUAGAGCCACGAAAGGAAAUAUGUCACGGAUCUAG